GACAAAGGCAGUGGGAGGGCCCUUACUGGUGUAAAUAAAUAGGAGUAUCUGGGGCUAAGAACCCACAGCUUGGACUCAGAGCAGACGUCUGAACUCCACCUCCAGGCAGAAUGAGAUUCACUUCUGCAUCUCUGCUUCUGCUGCUGCUGGCCAUCAGCCUGUCUCCAGUCCAGGGUUUUCUGGAGGCCAAUUACACAAAUUUAAAAUGUAACUGCAUCCAACAGACCUCAGCCUUCAUCCCCAUGCAGCGCAUUCAGCGGCUUCAAAUCUCCCCUGCUGGGAGCGGUUGCCCAAAUGUAGAAGUCAUAGUCUGGAUGAAGAAUAACACAGUUGUAUGCUUGAACCCUUACACCAAAUGGUUCAGGAAGUUCUUGAAAAUGUUACAAAAGUAAGUCAACAAUACCAAAGGGCUUUGAGAUUCCAGUGUACUCCUGGUUUCCUUUUCCUGGGUCACUAAAAAUGAGGACCAUUUUAAAUGCAUGAGAAGUUUCUAAGACAAAUACCUAUCCUUCAUUAUUAUUACUCAUCAGAUAGAGUGGGGGUGGCUCGUUCCAGCAGCUUGUAAACUAAACUGGAAAGCAGCGCACACAGUAUUCCUUGCUUGAUUUCUCCACGUUAAAACCAGUUUCUGGUAGAUCUUCCUCUAAACAUGA